AUUGAAAAUGAAUUUAAAAAAAUGAAUUUUUGGAAGAAAGAAGCUAAACUUACCUCGGCGCAAUAAAUCCACGGUAUCCCUAUCCACGGCAUCGCAAACUCCGUCGAAGUGACGCCAUUACCAUAUAAACCACCGCUAGUCCCCACUUCCUCCGCCAUUCCAACUUCAGCAUAAAAUUCCAAAUAUGAUCUCAGUAUCCCCGUCAAAACUCAUUACUCUCCCUCUUCCGCUGCCCGCCAUAGCCGCCUCUCACCACCGGCCUUGCCUCCCCUUAUGCCGCUCCGGCCGGAAGCUAACCACUCUAUCCAGAUUCUUGGACUCGUUGGACAGAUUUUUGGACCUGCGGAAGAGCAUUGUCUGUUCCGCCAGCUCAACUUUAACUGCCAACUCUUUAUCCCCGAGAAAUGGAAUGUAUACCGUUGGUGAUUUCAUGACAAAAAAAGAGGAUUUGCAUGUUGUGAAGCCAACCACAACAGUGGAUGAAGCCUUGGAAAUGCUCGUAGAAAACAGAAUAACUGGUUUUCCUGUGAUUGAUGAUAACUGGAAGUUGGUCGGUCUUGUCUCGGACUAUGACUUAUUAGCACUGGAUUCCAUCUCAGGCUCUGGAAGAACUGAUACGAACAUGUUUCCUGAAGUUGACAGCACUUGGAAAAUAUUCAAUGAAGUGCAAAAUUUGCUUAGCAAAACCAAUGGGAAAAUUGUGGGUGAUUUGAUGACACCAGCUCCAGUAGUUGUUCGUGAAUCCACCAAUCUUGAGGAUGCUGCAAGAAUACUACUAGAGACAAAGUAUCGCCGCCUGCCUGUGGUGGAUGGUGAUGGUAAACUGGUUGGAAUUAUUACAAGAGGAAAUGUUGUAAGGGCUGCAUUGCAAAUUAAACGGGCCACUUAAAUGGUUUGACGUUUGAAAUUUGUACUACAAGGUAACAAUUUGCGAGAAAAUCGUAAACAUGUAUCAUGAUUGAAGGAGAAUUUAUGUAGACAAUUUUGGCAUGCUUUAAAGACUGGGAAUAUAUUUUUGAUUUAUCAUAUUGCUAACUGCUGAAAGUUCCCAUAAGGGUGGAGCUUGAAUCUUGUGAUAAA